UCGACGGGUACACGGCUACGAUUCUUACAUAAGGAAAAGAACGCAACAUUUGUGUGUGUAUGUGUGUGUAGCGGGGAGGGGUGGUGGUGGAAUGGGAUGGAGGCUGCGGACGUCUACAGCUCCUUGACGACUCCGCAAGUGUCAUUCACUAGAUUACAUAUUUGCAUCUAAAAGCUGCCGAAGCUUCCGCUUUCCCCGAGAUUUGCAUAAUGGUGUACUCCGCUCUAAACGAAAAAUAAUCCGCAGAAAGCCGGAUUUUAGACUUUACCUGCCUUCAUUAAGGCAAUCCAAACAGGCUCUCUGGCAUGUUAGAGUGAUUGUAGUUGUGUUCAAGUCGCACCAAAAAUUUGUUUAUGUGCAUUUUUGGCUUCUGCCGGCCCGACGGCCAUUUUAAAAGGUGAUCAUUUAAAAUCGUGAAACUCUUCUGUCUUCUUCGAUCGUUAGGACAGGUGCCAUUUUCAGCGAAUUAUCUCGAUAGUUGCAAGUAGCAAGACGAAAAAAAUGUCGUCAACAAGAGACUAUACUCGCGCUGAAACCAGUGAUAAAACAACGAAUGUUCCUCUGCUCAGCGAAGAUUCUUGGGACGAUGGUCAACUAAGCGAUCCAGUAUUGGUGAUCACAGAUACUGUGGAGGAUGGUGAGCCCGAUGUUCGUUUCUCUGUCUCUUCUGCGAAAGGUGAAACAAGCCUAGGUUGCCCUUGUAAACUGCAGCUCACAAAGACCACCGUUCUUGUAGCAAUCAUAGCCGUUUUGAUCAUUAUUUGUAUCGUGUUGUCAGCGUUGCUCACACGGAGUGGUAAAUCGUUGUUUGGAGCUAAGCAGGAAGCAGUGUGUGUCACUGAGGGCUGUAUUGACGCCGCUCAUCAUAUGUUUCACUCCAUGAACCGAUCGGUCAAUCCAUGCGACAAUUUUUACGAGUUUGCGUGCGGUGGAUGGGCUCAGAAUAACCCCAUUCCUGAAAGCAAGGCGUUCUGGGGAAUAUACUCAGUUCUGCAGGAAAAUAACGAGAGAACUGUGCGGCAAUUAUUGACUGGCGCAGCCACUAACUCUGAAGCCAUAAAGAAAUCGAAGACUUUCUACGACGCAUGCAUGAAUUUGACAGCAAUCAACAAGAAGGGAGCAAAACCGCUUCUGGACAUUAUGAAGAAACUUGGAGGGUGGAAUGUCACCCAGGAUUGGAACUCGUUCAAUUUCGAUUUCAACAAAACGCUUCAAGGAGUACACAGGUAUUCGGUUCCUGUGUUCUUUAACACAGAUGUCGACGCAGAUGAUAAAAAUUCUGCCAAAAAUAUCCUUAAGGUUGAUCAGGCUGGACUUACACUCUCGAGGACUUAUUACCUCAAGAAUAUGUCUGACCCGAAACUGGUGGCUUACUUGAAGUAUAUGACGACUGUUGGUGUGUUGCUGGGAGGCAAGGAAAAUGAAACAAGACAUCAGAUGCGAGAAGUCCUGGAACUGGAAAUGAAACUGGCACAGAUUUUUGUGCCUCAUGAGAACAGGAGCCAAAUCGAUGAGAUAUACAACAAAACAAACAUCAUGAAACUUCAAAAGCUUUGUAAAGAGAUAAACUGGCUUGAUUUUUUCAAGAGCCAGUUUAAAGACAUGCCAAAAACGCAAAUUGGAGAGAAAGAAGAGGUGGUGGUGUAUGCUACACGUUAUCUUGCUGCCUUGUCGCCAGUCAUAGCCAAAGCUUCACAAGGGGUGUUAAAUAAUUACAUGAUGUGGCGAGUUGUGGCGAGCCUGGCCCCGUCAUUAUCGGAAGAAUUCCGUAACGCGCACGAGGAUCUUGUCAAAGUGCUCACCGGCUCCAAGCGAUCAGAAGACUUGUGGAAGCGCUGUAUGGGAGAGACUGACGACGCCAUAGGAAUGGCACUGGGAUCUCUAUUUAUUGAGAAGGCCUUUGAAGGAAGCAGUAAACAACAGGCAACCGAGAUGAUUGACGCAAUACGUACAUCGUUCAAGAAAGGUUUACCAGAUCUUGACUGGAUGGAUGACAAGACCCGCCGAGCAGCUGAAGACAAGGCGGAUGCCGUUGUGGAUAUGAUUGGGUUUCCAGACUACAUAAAAGAUCCACAAAAAUUAAAGGAAAAAUACGACGGGCUAAAUUUCAAGCCGAUGGAGUUCUUCCAGAACAAAAGGAAUUCUGAUGACUUUCAACAAAUGAAAACUCUGAAGCGUCUUCGAGAGCCAGUGGACAAAUAUAAGUGGUACAUGACGCCUUCGACUGUGAAUGCUUAUUACAGUCCAUCACGGAACCAGAUCGUUUUACCCGCAGGGAUUUUGCAAGCUCCGUAUUAUAACAAGAAGUUUCCAAAAGUCAUCAACUUUGGAGGGAUUGGCUCUGUUGUGGGACACGAGCUUUCUCAUGGCUUUGAUAAUUCUGGUCGCAUGUAUGAUAAACACGGGAAUUAUGGAGUAAUGUGGUGGACCAACAGAUCUGUGGAGCAGUACAAGUCGAGAAGUGAUUGUAUGGUUAAACAGUAUUCAAAGUUCUCCUACUUUAAUAAACAUGUGAAGGGAAAAGUUACCCUGGGUGAAAACAUAGCUGAUAAUGGAGGCUUGAAAGCUGCUUACAAUGCCUACAAAGAAUGGGAAAGUAAAAAUGGCGCUGAACCACCUCUGCCACUGCUGAAUAUGACACCUGACCAAACAUUCUUCUUAGCCUUUGCACAGAACUGGUGUGCAGACAUAAGAGAGGAGGUCGCGAAAGUAAGGCUUGAUGAUGACCCGCACUCACCAAACAAAUUUAGAGUUCUGGGUUCUCUCGCUAACUUACAAGCAUUUGCUGAAGCAUUCAAGUGUCCGCCUGGCAGUAAGAUGAACCCUCCGGACAAAUGUCACAUUUGGUAGAAGCUAGACUUAUGAAGAGUUUGACAUCAUCGAGGACGCCCGGAUCAAAAAUUACUUUGUUUAAAACUGCUUAUAGUACGAUAGUGCUUAGACUAGUCACUGUAGCUCGAUUAAGUCGAGGCUCACUUACGGUUGUUUUGAAAACAAAAUAAAAAUUAAAAGUAGUCA